AGGGGCGGGAGGCUGGCGCGGGUUACCACACUUUAUUCUCUUUCGUAUUUUGACUUGUUCCAGCUGACACUGGAAGCGGGGUGCGGAGGCCAGGGGGCGGCCGCAGGGACCAUCGAGCGGGCACAAAGCUAUCUGAGGCCAAAGGGUGGGCGGCCAAGCCUGCGCCCGCUCAGGGCUUGCGCCAAGGGGGGAACUCCGGACUCAGCGGGGGCUGGGGGCGCACAGAGGGAAGGUCCAAAGAGGCCCCCAAGUGUGCGCGGGGGGCCGAGCCCCGGACGGUGACCAGGCUCGGCGAGCUCAGCCCGGGAGCCGGAGCCGGGCACGUAGCCCCGCCCCACGGCGCAGGCUCCGCCCCGGGCUAAGCCCUGUCCCAGCCCGCCGCGCUCCGGAAGCCUUUUGCCCGCGCAGGCGCCCCAGGUACCGAGGCGCCCCCAGAUCGGCAGGCGCCCGGGGUCAACAGGCGCCGCGGGUCCGGGGCCCUGCCCGCCGGAUCCCUCCGCCCGCCUAGGCGCCAUGGUGCCGCCGCCGCGGUGGCCGCCGCUCUGCACGCUGCCGCCGGGCCCCGGACCCCCGCGCUUCGUGUGCUACUGCGAGGGGGAGGGCGGCGGGCCCGGGGAACACGGCGGCUUCAACCUCUGUGUGACGGACGCCGCGGAACUCUGGAGCACCUGCUUCACGCCGGACCGCCUGGCUGCCCUGAAAGCCCGUUUUGGCCUCAGUGCGACUGAAGACAUUGCCCUCCGAUUCAGGGCAGCCUGCGAGCGGCAAGCUGUGACUCUCACCCUGCAGGAGGACAGAGCGUCCCUGACCCUUUCAGGGGGACCCUCGGCGCUGGAACUUGACCUGUCUAAGGUGCCGGGCCCAGAGGCAGCCUCCAGGUUGCAGGCACUGACGCUGGACCUGGCGGAGCGUGUGUGCAGCUUGGAGCAGCGGCUGGCAGGCCUGCAUUCCUGCUUUCCACCCCCCAGCUGCUGCAGCAGAGGAGAUGGCCACCAGCCCCAGAAAGAGCGCCUGGCAGGCGGGGCCUCAUCUCUUCUUACCAGACCCAGAUCCUCAGAGAGGUGGCCCUGGACCUGGGGUCAAGAGGCGGUGUCCAGGGGAGUCUCUCAUCAACCCAGGCUUCAAGAGGUGCUCCCCCGCCCCCCGCCCCUCCCGUGCCCAGGGUCCAGCGUGGACCCCGCCCGCCCCUCCACACCCUGCAGCGUCAUCCCCUCUUCUCUCCCAGUAAGAAGCCAGCAGGUGGUGUAGACUUUGAUGACCCCUGAAGGCACCGCGGAAAGUGUGACGUCAGGACUGUGCCUCUGAGGGGAGGGCAGGGGCGGCCCCUGGGACCUCCCGCCCGCACCUGCCCAGCCGGCUGCCAGGCUUGAACAAGGCCACUCCUCCAGCCCCUCCCCCGUCAAAUAAACAUCUUCAUCUGGAGACAGUCA